CUCAGUUGUCUAUGGCCUCUAUUGAUUGGUCGACGAGGAGAUGUAAAAAAUGGCUGCCUUGCCUUCUCCUACUCAGGUGGCAGGGACCCACAGUUCUAUAUACGAAGCGUAUUAUCAUCAAGUGGACCCAAAUGGCACAGGAGCGAUACAAGCUCUUGACGCGGCCAGAUUCCUCAAAAAAUCCCGUCUCAGUGAUGUGGUGCUCAGCAAAAUAUGGGAUCUCUCUGACCCCACGGGGAAGGGGUACUUGGACAAAGCGGGUCUGUUCGUCGCCCUGAAGUUGGUAGCGCUGGCGCAGGCCGGCAAAGACAUCAAUAUGAGCAACAUACAUUCAGAAACUCCACCGCCGAAAGUUGGCGAGCUGCCUAAAGUGCCACCUCCAUCUGCAACGCCAGCGACCGCGCCAGCUUUAGCUCCGCUCAGCGAUUGGAGCGUGAAGCCCGCUGAGAGGGACAAGUACAGCCAGUUAUUCGAUUCCCUGCAACCCAACAAUGGGCUUAUUCCCGGGAACAAGGUGAAAGGAGUCUUGAUGGAGUCAAAACUUCCGUUAGAGACCUUGGGGAAGAUUUGGGAUCUCGCGGACCAAGACAAGGACGGCAUGCUCGACAGACACGAGUUUAUUGUAGCAAUGCACCUAGUCUACAAGGCGUUAGAGAAGCACGCGGUGCCAACAACACUACCGCCGGAACUACGCGCCCGACCAGCCCGCCCGCCCUCGCGCCCGCCCAGCCGCCCGCCAUCGCGCCCGCCCAGCCGCCCGCCCUCGCCGCAGCCGCGCAUGCCGCCCCCGCGCCCCCAGCCGCCUCCGCAGUCUAAUGCCUCGCUGUUGGAGGGAUUGUUGGAUUUGUCCAGUCCGCCCGCCCCCGCCGCGCCCGCCCCCGCCCCCGCCGCGUGGAUCUCGGCCGCCGACCGCGCGCGAUACGACGCGCAGUUCACGGCCGCCGACAGCGACCGCGACGGGUUCGUGUCGGGCGCCGAGAUUCGCGACGUGUUCCUGGACAGCGGCCUGCCGCAGGCCACGCUCGCGCAGAUAUGGGCGCUGUGCGAUACGGAGAGCUCGGGCAAGCUGUCGCGGCAGCAGUUCGCGGCCGCCAUGUGCCUCGUGCAGCGCGCCCUGCGCGGCCUCGCGCCGCCCGCCGCGCUGCCGCCCGAGCUGCUGAAACCCGAACCAGUGAGCUUAGGACCUCAACCGACGCCCGAAAUGGAGGCGAUUGCGAGGGAAGUGGACGCGCUGGCGAGAGAGAGGCUGGCGCUCGAGGCGGAGCUCGCGGCCAAGCAGAGGGAGGUCUCCGUCAAGAGCGGGGAGGCGAAUAGCCUGCAGAGUGAAUUAGAUACUCUCACAGCUACGUUGAAACAGUUAGAAAACCAAAAAGGCGAGGCGCAGAAGAGAUUAAAUGAUUUAAAAUCACAAGUGGACAAGCUGCGGUCGCAGGUGUCGGCGCAGGAGGCGGCGGCGGCGGAGACGGAGGCGGAGGUGGGCGCGCGGCGCGCGGCGGCGGCCUCGCUGCGGGAGCGCGAGGCGGCGCUGCAGCGGGACGCGGCCGAGCAGCUGCAGCUGGCCGACGAGCUCACCGCGCAGCUGCGCCGCACCGUGCUCGCCGUCAGCCAGGCUAAAAUAAAAAUAAACCACCUCGAGGAGCAGCACCAGACGCUGACGGCCGCGCUGGAGGCGCUGGAGGCGGGCGGGCCGGGCGCCGCCGCCGUGCUGGCGCUGCAGCCGCUGCACUCCGAGCAGCAGCUGGCGCUGCUCGUGCGCGGGACCACGCCCAGCGACGCGCUGGAGGAUGACUCGUUUUCGAAGAACGAAUUCGGCGCAAUGAAUGGCUCUAGUGGCUUCGCGUCCGAUCCCUUCAAGGACGCGGCCUUCACGAACGUGCCCUCCAACGACCCCUUCGCACCCUCCUCGAAUAGCAACACCGCGAAGGAUGGCUUCGCGAGCGAUGCGUUCGCGUCGAGCGCGGACCCGUUCGCGGGCGACGCGUUCGCGCCCAGCGAUGCACCAAAGGCUGAUGACGUGAGUCACUUUUUUUCAUUUUACCAAAUAUUUUACUUACUCAAGUCUUCCUAUGGAGCGUGGGAGUCCGACCCGUUCGCGGUCCUCCACGCGCCAACGAGGAACUCUGUGGCCGCCAACCCGGCCAACACCAGCGCCAACACCAGCGCCAACACCAGCGCCAACACCAGCGCCAACACCAGCGCCAACACCAACGCCAAGCGGCACAAGACGCCCCCGCCGCGCCCCGCGCCCCCCAGACCCAUGAUGCCGCACAAGAAAAAACCCGCCUUCGAUUUCACGGAGGAUCCCUUCAAGGACUACAGAUACGAGGACCCCUUCAACAUAGAGGACCCGUUCACCGAUAUCGUCGACGGGAAAAAGGCAGAUCCCUUCGCGCGACCGACGUCUGUCGCCGGUUUUGGGACCGAUUUCUUCUCUCCGUCUUCGGCCAUUAACGGCGGUAGCUUUAAUAAGCCCGAAAGGGCUAGCGGUCGCGUUUCAGCGCCGCCUGUCUCCUCCGACCCCUUCUCGGCAAGGGCCAACAACAAUGACGCUUGGGCCGCCUGGCCUAAAGACAACUGGGCCAUCGACGACGCCUGGACCAAACCAGAGGAUGUGUGGACCGGGAAUACGGCCAAGAGCUCCAGCGACUGGAAGACCGAUAACUGGGCGAACAAGUCGGACAACUGGGCGAACAAGUCGGACAACUGGGCGCCGGACUGGGACUCGAACGCGAAUACGAGUUCCACCAGUAAGAAUUUAAACGAAACGUGGCCGACCAACACGUUGCCCAGUAAGAAGGAAAAAUCACCGAAGCCAGUCAAGUACGCGAGGUCGCUGGUGCAUACGAUUGGAGGUAUUGGAAGGACGAAGCAUAACAAGGAUAAGAAGCCGAAGUCCACCGAUUCGAAAAGUUCAGAAGUUUUGCCCACGGAAGAACAGCAGUUGGCGUGGGCGGCGGCUGAGUCUAAACGUCUAGAGGUGGAGGCCGAGGCUAGGAGGCAGCAAGAGGACGCCGAACUACAGCUGGCCCUGGCUAUAUCGCGCCAGGAAAAGUGACCAAAGGCGUGGUCGUUGUUUAGGAGACCUAAUCGGCCUUAGUGCGUUCCCUUUUAAUCACGCGUCGAGCCAUUACACUUUCUAGUAAGUAAGGACUAUAUUGGCGUGCGAAAAAUUAUCUGAUUGUGAUCUUGCCUUGGAGAUAUGUAGCGAAGGAUUCGUUUGAUACGUUAUCACGCCUUAAUCGGUUUCAAAUGAAUCCGCUAGUCAUUGUCAAGUUUAAUCUUGGAGUCAUCGACGAACAAACAAAAAUAUUUGCGUUUGAAAAUUAAGACAAAUGAGUCAUUUAUACAAAUCUACUAAGCUUUUAUUCUUUUGAAAAUUUAGAGGAAAAUAAUAACGAAGAGCUUGAAUAACCAAACAAAAAAAUAUGAACAUUUUAAUUUUUUAUGUUUCUUUAAUAUAAUUUAUUUGCUACUUACAAUAGCAAUACACACACUGCGUAGGAUUGUUCUAUAUUUCUGUAUGAUAAAUAUUUUAAAUGAAUUCAAUUCAUACAAAAUACAAAUCAAACAGAGUAACUCAUGCUCGUCAUUCUCAUCUCAUCGAGCUUAAACAGAACAGACGUGAAGUAAAUUUAUAAAUGACUUAUUAGCUUAAUAAUUCUAAAUAAUAAUGUAUUGUUACUUUAUAAAAAUAUGGCCUAAAUCAUUGUAAUAUAUAACAUUAUGUACAGUUCCUAGUUUUAUCGUUUACGGUACAUUGAUAUUAUUAUAACGUAUUUUAACCGAAUGCCCUUAUUUGAAGGUAGAACGAAAAAAAAAAAAACAAUAUUUGUAUAUCUCGUAAAAAUAUGAUUUUA